AUGUCAGCCAUCCACAACCAGCUCCAGCAAGGCGCCGUCCCCAACUCUAUAUCCAACGUCUGCCCCCAAGGCACUAAGUUUCACGUCUUGGAGGUCGGUUGGCUUGAGUGUGACGAAGGUUUCGUCAUCCGAGGUGGCAACACCAGCUUCAAGAGCAACGAGGGUGAGGCCUUCGUCAACAAACGUCGCCAAAUGCCUAUGUACUGUAUCCUGGUCGAGCAUCCACACGAGGGCCUCAUACUCUGGGAGACAGGGUGUGGGAAGGACUAUCCACAAGUUUGGGGUCCGGCUAUCUCCGAUAUCUUCUCUCGAGUCCGGUAUGAGCCUCAGCACGAGCUCCGUGCCGCUGUGGAGGCCACCGGGAACAGUAUUGAAGAUAUCAAGAAGAUCAUAAUCGGGCAUCUCCAUAUGGAUCACGCCGGAGGUCUGACAGAGUUUGCAGGUAGGAAGGAUGUCGAGAUCUGGGUCCAUGAUAGGGAACUCCGAGGAGCAUUUUGGUCUGUGGCUACAGGGGCUGAUGCGGGUGUCUACCUGCCGCAUUAUCUUGAUUUGACAUUGAACUGGAAAACUUUCGACGACCAGACCUUCGACUUCUGUCAGGGCAUCACUCUCCACCAUUUACCCGGGCAUACAGAUGGCCUUAUCGGAAUGCAAAUCAAUAUGCCUGAGACAGGAACAUUCUUUUUUAUCAGUGACCACUGUCAUGUCAUUGAGAACGUAAGUAAAUUGUUCUUUAUCUUCCAAAAUCCAUCCUCCUCCAACAUCGGGCUGACAAGCGGGAGUGGCGAGACGGCAUCCCACAAGGAUGGCUCGCCCGUGAUCAUCCAGCCUGGUUCAGAAGCACGCAGCGACUUAAGCAUCUGGAGCGAAUUACACGGGGCCAGGUUAUCCCGGGCCAUGACAAGGAGACAUUCCUGGCGCUGCAGAGGCAGGCGAAAAUAUUCACUUAGUGCUCGUCUAGCUAGCUACCUUACUUGCGUUUCUCCAAAACAUCAUACCGUGCCUACUGCGAUCCCUGAUUUGGAUGGUCAUAUGCGGCAGCAGAUUUUUUCGUGCAUAUCAGCUGCAAAGCUGUCUUUCAAUCCGAAGCAAGGCGCAACAGUAUUUACCGGAGUGGAUGCAGAAUUCGAAAAUCUCUUCCAAGCCAUUAUCUAA